AAAACGUCUUAACCUUAAGGCAGGAGCACUCUACAAUAUACGAGUAUCUGCUGUCAACAAUGCUGGGCUGACAACAGUACAUAAUACCGAUGGCGUUAAGGUGGAUCCUACACCACCAAGAAUGCAGUACGUACGCAUUGGUGUUUCCGCAGGGGAGAUGGAAGAUAUUAUAGAUGGCAUGGUUGUAUCUGCUGACAACACUGGUAUCCAAGCAACGUGGAAUGCAAUUGAUCCCGAGAGUGGUAUCCAAUACUAUCAUGUUGCAGUUGGGACAUCUUCAAGUACUACUGAUGUUCUUGAUUAUCAUAACAUGGGGCCUAAGACAGAUGGAUACUUGAAAAAUUUGACUUUGGGGCUGUUUGACCCUAAUAUACAAGGUCCUCUCUAUUAUAUCAACGUAAAGGCAAAGAAUGGAGCUGGACAGUUUUCCAAAAAUAUAACUUCGAAGCCGCUUAAGAUUAUCGAGGCAGAUGCCCCUGGAAUUAUCACAGAUGGCGUUAGAGGGAAUCCUGAUGUUAACGAACAGCAAGACAAAACAACAGUAACAGCUCAUUUUGAAGGAUUUAGGAGUGGAUUUGGCUACACCAGAUUCGAAUGGGCAGUCGGCACAGGACAUGGACUAGAUGACAUUCGCCCAUUUUCAACAAAAGGA